AGUCUGGAUUAGAACCCACCAGGACCCCCCGCCCCCCCCACUCCGUUCCUCUGAUGCGGGUUUUACCGAACUGGAUUUACAUGUGAUCUGAUCUGGAUUGCUGCACUCCUGGUUCUGAUCGGGUCCCAUCAGACCCGGUCCUGGUCCUGGUGUUUCUCGGACUUUAAGUCCUCUUGGCGCUGGAUCUGAGGAGUCCCGCUCCGACCAUGCCGACGUCCCGGCCUGGUUCGGAGCCGGUGGAGUUCUGGGUGGACGGGUCCAGGCGGGACGGGACGGUGGAGGACUUCUACUCCCUGGGUUCGGAGCUGGGCAGAGGAGCAACAUCCAUUGUGUAUCGCUGUGAGGAGAAACAAACACAGAAACCCUACGCCAUCAAAGUUCUGAAGAAAACGAUCGACAAAAAAAUAGUUCGCACUGAAAUUGGCGUCCUGCUGCGUCUUUCCCAUCCAAACAUUAUCCAGCUGAAGGAGAUCUUUGAGACGGACACCGACAUCGCGCUGGUGUUGGAGCUGGUGACCGGAGGAGAGCUGUUCGACCGGAUUGUGGAGCGGGGUUACUACAGCGAGAGAGACGCAGCUCACGUCAUCAAACAGAUCCUGGAGGCCGUGGCGUAUUUACACGGGAACGGGGUCGUUCAUCGUGACCUGAAACCUGAGAACCUGCUGUACGCCGACCUGUCGCUGGACGCCUCGCUGAAGAUCGCUGACUUUGGUCUUUCCAAAAUCAUCGACGACCAGGUGACCAUGAAGACCGUCUGUGGUACUCCUGGAUACUGUGCUCCAGAAAUCCUGCGGGGAAAUGCUUAUGGCCCCGAGGUGGACAUGUGGUCAGUGGGCGUCAUCCUCUACAUCCUGCUCUGUGGGUUUGAGCCCUUCUUUGACCCAAGGGGUGAUCAGUACAUGUACAGCCGAAUCCUCAACUGUGACUACGAGUUCGUGUCGCCGUGGUGGGAUGAGGUCUCCCUUAACGCCAAGGAUUUGGUCAGUAAGCUUAUUGUCCUCGAUCCUCGCAAGCGCCUCAGCGUCCGUGAGGCCCUGCAGCACCCCUGGGUGCUGGGUAAAGCUGCUCGUUUCUCCCACAUGGACACGACACAAAGGAAACUGCAGGAGUUCAAUGCGCGACGCAAACUUAAGGCUGCCAUGAAGGCUGUCGUAGCCACUAGUCGGAUGCACGAGGGCUCAAAGCGUCGCACCGACAGCUGCGAGAUUCCGGCUUCAGGAACUUCCAGACAGAGCAGCAUGCAGCAGGACGCCCCUCUGGAGUCCACAAGUCCUGUCCCUGAUGAAAAAGAGGUCACACCCCCAGACCAGGAGGUGCCACAACAAGCUGAAUCCAAGCUUGACGACCAAAGUGCCCUCAGCCCCUCGCCGCCACAAAGUCCCAACUCUCCCAACCCUGAAGCCACAACCACAGGCCCCGCCCUCGUCAGACCGCCACUACGUGCCGACGGGCUCCGACAGGCGUCGGUCAUCCCUAAAUCAAUGCUGGUCCAACCUCGGCUGCCGCAGAAGAGCUGUUCUGUCAUAGAGCCUGCCCUCAGAGUGGAGGCCACGCCCCGUCUGGGCUCACCUCCGAGUCCCAGCAACCUCAGCAACGGCUUCAUGCCAGGGGCGGAGCCUAGCAGUAAAACCACCCACUGUUAGUGUUCACCUGACAAAGCUGCUUCAAGUUCAACACAAAAUAAUUCACAAUUCAGCUUCCAUCAUUUCUGUACAAACAUCUUAGUCAACUUCCUGGACUCAAAUUAAACCAGAAACAAAAGUUUGUGUAACACCUGGCGCCACGUUAACCGACAUGAGUUCUGCCACUGAGCUGGGAGACCAAUCAGUCCACAGCUGAGGCCACAUCGAGGGUUGGCUGGGUGGGUUUGACAAAAGUCCCGAGCUUAUUUCAGAUGUUUAAGGACAGAGUAGCAGCACUGAGCAUCUUUUAAAGAUUUUUUUCUCCUGAACUUUAAAUGAAGAAAAUCUACUUUAGUGGAUUUUCAGAAUGAAUGUAAAGCUGGAAAUGAGCAGAAAAGUGAAGUCUAGGUACUUUCUGACUUGAGACUUUUUACUUCCUGCCUCAGUUGAACUCCAGGAGUUAAAGUGCACAGGUAAUGAAGGUUAUAGAAGUAUAUUUUACUGUAAAAAUAUAAAUACUAACUACAGAAACAACUUUAAACAGGCCUUUGGGUUUAUUUGGCUGUUUGUUUCUGUCUCUUCCUGUUGAAGUCCAGGAAACUUUCAUUUUGUCUGGGACUUCUUUCCACCCCUCAAACUCUUCCAGAUACUUUCUGAUUGUAACGUUUCAUGGUCGUAAGUUUUUACUGUAACGGUCCAGAUGCACCAGAUGCACAGAGAUGUUUUGUCUACGAGUGUGGAGCCUCUUUUUGGUGCAAACCGGACGUUCUAUCCGGGAGGACGGGACACGUUCAGUCUGAGCUGAAGUCGAUCACCACUUAGAAGGAACUGUUCAACAUGUUGCAUUUCUGAAUAUUGAAUCGCUCUCAUGUUUGUGUUCCAGAAAAGAGCUUGAGCUGAUUAUCAACAAAUCCAGGAUUUAUUUAGGUUAGCUGGUUUAACUAGCUCGGGUAGUUCAGGUGUUCUCUGUGGAGAUGCGCUACUUGUGCUAAAAACUGAGGUAAAAUAAUAUAUUUAAAACUGCAGAUUUUGAUUUAUCAUAAAGAACAAAAGCAUUGCCCCAAAUAAUCACAUCUUCCUUAAAGAAAUCUGAAACUAACACAGUCAGGUCAAGGUUGUUAAUAUUGUAAAACUAGAACUUGAAAAAAAAAAAGCACAAACACAAUUUUCUCAAGAUAAUCAGUUAUUUGUGUUCUUUCAGGAUUUGUAUCGCAUUAACUUGGGGGCUUUAUGGAAAAUAAGGUUUUUAUGUUGUUUUCUGGUAAAAAAUAUUGUUAGUUUGGGACAAGUCAUUUUCUUGAGAUAAGUUAUCUAGUUAUCUUGAUUCAAAAUGCUUCUUUUCUGAAAAUAACAAGCUGUUUAUCUUGGGUCACACUAGUCAGUUUCUCAAGAUAAUAAUGUUUUUAUAUUGUUCCCUGAAAUAAUUUAUUUAUCUCAUUGUCUUUGGUUGAAAUGGUUAUUUUCUCAACAUAAGGAUUUAUCAUUGUCCUCUCAGAGUAACGAGUCGUUUAAAUACCUUGGAUCAUAAUGACCAUUUUACUCAAGAUAAUGUUUUUUAUGCAGCUUUCUUUAAAAAGUUAUUUACAGUAGUCCCUUGUUUAUUGCAGAUGUUACUUUCCAGACCCCGCCCCCCCCCACCUCGCCACAAUAAGUGGAAAUCCACAAAGUAGGUACGUUGUAUUUAUUUUAGAUUUAUAUAUAUUUUAAGGCUUUAUAAACCUUUCCCAC